CUUCAUUGCGUUGCACAACCCAGUUCACCUCCUCUUCGCGAACUUCACUCUAAUAUUGUAUUACCGUUCCCAUGGUGGCCAGUGUCGACCAGCCACCCCACCUCAGCCCUUGGGCGCAGAAGUUCACUUUGAAAUGGCACGCCCUCUAUCGAUUUAGUCCUUCCUACCGAGGCCUCUUCGACCUAAACCAAAACCUUCCUCAACUCGAGCACUAUCUAGACACGCAACAUCAACCACUCCUACCCUCGACUCUACCUAACAAAGCUCUUAACAAAACACAGCAAAACACAAUGGGUUGGUGGUCUUCAAAGAAGGAUAAACGACCACACCAUUACCACGUCCGUAAUAAGAGUACCGGCGAUCGCAGUAUAGUUAGCGUCCCUGCCGGCUCCGCCCCCGCUUUUGUAUCGUCGACCUAUGAAGCUGUACACUGGAGAACUCAUGGUAUAAGGUACGGAAGUGACACAAGCUACGGUACUGAUGACUAUGGAUACCCGAAUCGACCGGUGUUGCCAUAUGGUUUGGUUCCCAUUGAUGGCUCUCGCUGGGCUCCCAUCCCGACUUAUCCCGAAAUGGUCUACUCUCGACCUCCUCGACAGGUUUCUUUCGCCCCGGAUCCUCGAGGUGAACCCCCCAGCUACGUUCAAAUCCCUCAUCAUCCCACAAUGGGCUUUUCGCCGCCUCUUCGACAAGUUUCCUUCGCUCCUGAUCCUCAACGGGAGCCUCACCCAUACCCGCCCGAACAUGGGCGAAGACAUGGCCAGGGCCACUCUCGCAGUAGGAGUGCUCCUGUAAUGCCUGUUGAAGACUACAAUCAGGGCGGUAGCGGUAUUGCUACGAACUGGGUUGAUCAGCUCCCUGAAUAUGCUCGCCGGCAUCCUCGGUUCGAGGAGGCGAGGCGUGCUCUGGAGUUGAUUUUGAGGUAUCGUAGAGAUGAUCCUAGGGCGGUGCCAUAUCAGAUGGUGCUAAGGGAGGUUACGGAAGAGAUGGAGGAAGAGGGGCUGAAUGAUAUGGCGGUGAGGGAGUCGUUGAGGGGGUUUUUGGGUCGGUAGGGAUGAGAUGGGAGGGGGCGUAGGGAUGAAGGUCGCAGGAAGUGGCCACACAAGUCCGUACUCGCUCAUUUGUAAGUCAAAGGAUAGCAUAUAUCCUAAGAUAAAGGCUCAUCGGACUGCAAAGCCUGCACGCGAGGGGGAAACUCGGCAGCUAGGUGGCGAA